CAUCUCCGUUUCCCUGGCCUGAGCGUGAGCCGGAGGCCGGAGCCCCCUUCGGAUGAUCGUCUGAGCCGUGGCUUUCCCGCGUCGGCCGUAUGCAGUGGGGGGCCACGCCGCCUAGAGGCGAGAGAAGGGAGGGGCGAGGACAAAAGACGCCUCACGUCGCCUCCUCUCCUCGACUCCUCCCGCAUCCCCUACUCUUUUCUGCGCUCCUCCUACUCUGCCCGUCCCGCUCGCCUCGCCAUAUCUCCUUCCCAUGCGCUGCGCCUCUGCUCCUCGUACAGAGCAAGAUACGCAAAACAGCAAGCCACCAAAGAGAAGCACAAGCGUAGCAGUACAAGCGCAAGCAGUCCUCUUGCUGUUGUGGUUGUUCUUCACACUGCAUUCCUCUGUGAGCAGAGGGCGACAGCCAUGGGAAGGCACAAGUUCCGGCUGUCCGACAUGAUCCCCAACGCGUGGUUCUUCAAGCUCCGGGGCAUGCGCGCCCGGGGCGGCGCCGCCAGCCCCCGCGUGGCCGCGCAGGCGUCGGCGACCGCGUCACGAGCGGGCAGAGUGUGCGGGGUCCCGAGCACGCCGAGGCACGGCGCGUGGCUCCCGCACAGGGAAUCCCACUACUACACGCCGCGGGCGGGCGACCUCGUGGGCUCGCCGCUCCACCCAAAGGCCUCCGACACACACUUCCCGCCGCUGCCGCUAUCGCCGCCGAGGCGGUCCAGGCGGCGGCACCGGAGGCGGUCAGUCAAGCUGGCGCCGUCGGCCAGCAGCAGCAGCGGCUUCGUGUCCUCGCCGGUUUCCACAGGCUGCCGCUGCGGGCGCCGGCCCGAGAUGGUGGUGAUCGAGGCUCCCGAUACUCCACCGUGCCGCCGAGACAGGUUCGUCGGUUACACUGACGACGACGAUAACGAGGGGGAGCUCAAGAAGCCGACGGUUGCCAUCCGCGCUGAUGACAAGCUCGACGGCAAGGUGAUCACUUCCGCCACGGAGAUCAGCAUCGACCUGCGGACCAAGAAAAGGCCAGACAAGGUGCUCGCGCCGAUCGUGACCAAACCGUCGAGGAGAGAACCCGACGGCUGCGAGCUGGUCGAGCACAUCGACGCCCUCACGCACGAGGCCCGACGAACCGCUCCUGCUCCCGAACAGAGCAAGCUCAAGCCGAGGCAGUCCGCGUCAUCGGCGCGCCGCCUCAAGACGCGUGCGAACACCCCCCGCGUGGUUUCCAAGAAGUGCAAGCCACCCGCGACGACCGCGCGCUCGCCGGCGCGGACCACGCCGCCGCCUCUGACGGAGAGCUUCGCGGUGGUGAAGUCGUCGCGGGAUCCGAGGAGGGACUUCCAGGAGUCCAUGGAGGAGAUGAUCGCGGAGAACGGUAUCCGCACCGCCGCCGACCUCGAGGACCUCCUCGCGUGCUACCUGUCCCUCAACGCCGCCGAGUACCACGACCUCAUCGUCGAGGUGUUCGAGCAUAUCUGGGCCACCCUCUCGGACAUCAAGAUGUAGCAGAGAGCUCAUGCAAAUGCAAUGCACUCUUGCAUGGUAAAUUCAACGACUCCCAUACAUUGUGGCAAGAGUUGUGAUUGUAAAUUAUAACUGGUUUCCGGUUAGCGAUCCUAAAUUGGGUACGAUAAAUACUUCCCAAGCCUGUGAAACCAUGCUGCUCCUCUCUUUUUUACCUUGAUGAUAACUAGCAUAGUACUUGCUUGAACCUAACACCUGCUCCCUGUAACUCUGUAAGAUGCUGUACCGUGUAAACAGUUAAGGUAUGGGUGUGUAGUACUAAACUGAAAAUCAACUCUCGUACAGAUUUCUGUUGAGAAUAUUAAGGGGGUCUAGCUUAAAUAGUAAAAGAGAGAGUCUCCAAGCUGUUAAAUUUUGUUGGUACUGGGUCUUGUCUUGCAUGGCAUGCA